AUGGACCACCAUCUCGUCGUGCUCGUCCACGGCCUUUGGGGCAACGCAUCCCACCUCGAAUAUAUUGAGUCGCAGAUAACCAGCCAAAUCUCUUCCCAAGACAAGCUCACAGUCUACCGUACGGGAACUCACUCGGGAUACUUGACGUACGAUGGAGUCGACGUCAAUGGCAAACGCAUCUGUGACGAGAUUCUUGAGCAACAUGCUCGUAUCGUCGAACAGGGCGACAGGGUCACUAAGUUCUCCAUCGUGGGAUACUCGUUGGGGGGCCUCAUCUCCCGCUACGCCAUCGGGAUCUUGUACUCGCUCGGGUUCUUCGACAAGGUGGUUCCCGUCAACUUCAUUACGUUCUGUUCGCCACACGUUGGUGUGUUGAACCCCAUGAGCAACUACUUGUCCGCACGGAUGUUCAACCAGUUUGCUCCGUACUUCUUGGCCCACUCGGGGUCCCAGUUGUUCUUGAAGGACAAGAUCGACACCAAGCCACUCUUAGUUUGGAUGGCAGACUCCAGCUCAUACUUCUUCAAAGCGUUAAAGCUCUUCCGCCACCGCACCUUGUACAGCAACGUCAUCAACGACAAAAGAACCUGCUGGUUCACGGCAGGCAUCUCUGGAACCGAUCCCUACCACUCGAUGACCAACACAGACCCCUCCAGGCUCCAGCUCCCGUUCGUGGAUGGCUACAGCCCGGUGGUGGUCGACAUCAAUAAGCCCAUGCAGUUCUUGGAAUCGCCACUGGCAAGCCUGAUUCUGCCAGCAGGCGGUGUGCUCAACAAAAUCAGAAUCUUGGGUAACAUUCUUCUCUUCACGCCGUUGUGGACCCUCUACUUCGUGUCCAGUUCUAUCUUGGAGAGAAUCAAGCUCAAUAAGCGAGUGCGCCACUUCUUCCAGGACACCUCCAACAGCUUGGUGCAUCUCUACGAAUCAAUUGAGAUCGAGGAAGACUCUCUCAAAAAGGAGGCCAGCCAUGAAGAGUCGUUGUACGAGACGUUUGGCCGUGAAAUCACCCACCAGGUGACUGAACGCCAGGAUACAUUGGUAGAGUCGGUCUACGGGGCAAUCGUAGAAGAAGCAGGCGAAAAAGAGUCAACUUCAUUAAAUUUGACUGCUGACCAGAGAUUUAUUAUCGCACAGUUGAAUUCAUUAAAUUGGAAGAAAUACCCCGUCUUGAUCACCGGAUGCAAGCACACCCAUGCAGCAGCUAUCGUGCGGUAUAGUGAUCCUGGGUUUGAAGAGGGCAAAGUGGUGGUGAGCCACUUGGUAAGGGAAGGAUUUAUCGUGAGCUAG